GAGAAACCGUCGUAAUUUCCUCCUCGAACGUGACAAAUUACCCAUUUCGGUUUGGUUGAUAACCGCGGUCUAGAUAUACAAAGCAAUAUAAUUAUCAAUGGACUAUGACUGGCUGGCUACACGGAGGAGACGAAUUCCCACCUUAGAACAUUAACCUAUUAACAUAAUUGCUGGUAGAAAUGUUCUUCUUUGGAAGCAAUUCAGGUUUCCAAGAGCAUAAAAUUCACCACUACAGGAGAAGUUGAAACAUAUUGUAGUUGCUCAUUUUCAGGAACAUGCCUUCGAUUGUCUCAUCUCUGGACGAAAGCUUCUUGGUAUUCUUGGCCAUUAUAGGAACACCGAUACUGCCAGAACAGAUACGGAAUAACCAAUAAAACUGGAAACGAUUAAAACGUUUUCUUGAAAUUUAAUGCGUUUCUUAUUGCUUGCUUCGCCUAAUCGGUCGGGUCAGUAACCCGUAACGCAAUUCAACUUUCUGUGAAUUCCACUCCUCCAUUCUACAUCAAAUUCAAGAAGCUUUUAAACAUCAACCGAUGUUGUUUCACCACCUCUUGAGUUCCACAGUAUCAUCAAACCAAUGGCCAGGAGCAUCACUUUAUAAAGGCCCUAAAGCAAAGAACCAACAUUACCUGAGCAUCGCUUUUGAAUCCCAAUAUUGACUUUGAUUAUUUGAGUUUCGUCUGACUACUAGUCGUUGACAAACACACCAACAAGUGGAACGCUACUUAUUGUUUCUUCCCUACGUCAAUAUUAUCGUGUGGAAGCGGUCGUAAAACGGAAAGGAGAACUUUCUCUUCCGAAAGGUGGAAAUAUCUCACUACCCAUAAAUUAUAAGUUUCCUCAGUGUAAAAAAAAUGAAUCCUGUAGCUAGCAUACAGAGUAUAUUUCCUUUGGUUAUUUUAUCGAUAUUUGGGUCGUUCGCGCUGUCGCAGCAGGCGGAUACGUCGAGGCAAACGAGGCACGCGAGGGGUACUGCGGGGGACACCGAGUUGGAGAAGUUACAGCUGACCGAGGAAGAACUCUUGCAGGACCUCGAAGACCUCCACCGCCUUGUUCGGCGAGGAGCCGAGGACUUGACCAGCCUAAAUUGCCCUCCGUGUGAGAGGCUCCACUGUAGCCCCAAGAAGGCAUCCAAGCUCAUCUGCAAGGGCGAGAUCACGUUGGGAGUGUGUAACUGUUGCCCGAGAUGCGCCAAAGUUGAAGGGGAGAGCUGCGGAGGAAAGUGGGAUUAUCUUGGACGGUGUGAGUCGGGAUCAGAAUGCGUGCCAGACACCAGUACAGCAAUACAGAUCCAUAGUCAGCCUCAGGGAGUAUGCAGAAGAAGAUUAAAUAUUAUGCUUACAUGUUGCCUUGAUGUAAUGAUGGGGAGUCGGGGGAAUGGUAGUCAUGGUAGUGUUAAUGAGAUUGAUAAUACGCUACCUCAUAGUCUUAUCAAAAUGAAUGUAGGCUAA